UGUUUUAUGUCUGAUAUGUGAAAGUCUGAUAUGUGAUAAUCCGUCAGCUAAAUCGUAUGAGUACGAGCUUUGAUAGCAAGAAUUGAAUUAUCAUUUAAAGGGUUCUGCUGUUAUUAGAAUACUUCUCCCAUAAGGUCGACGACCUUUCUGUUACCUUCUUCGGCAAGUGAAACUCCAGUGUUAGUAAACAAGAUAACGCUCCGAAAAGCGCCAUAAGAAAACCACCAUUUGUUGGCUGAAUUCGAACCAAAUUUGUUAAAGAGCACACACAAACACACAAAUGAAAAAGUACCCUCAAGUUUUACCCAUCGAUUCAGAGUAAAAAAAAAAGCUGUAUCCAUAAGCGUGAAUGCCAAUCCGAAACAUUAAGCACAUGGACAUCAAGUCAGGCAUCAUCCAAAUGAACUAAGACAAUAACUAAAUCGACUCCGACGAAAUUCGGCAAUUCUCGGCCAGAGAAAAAUAUGUGCAAUGUCAAAAUUUGUUUUCGAUAGUAUGCUGCCAAAGUACCCACAGUUUCAGCCAUUUAUCAGUUCGCACUUAACCACAACCCCCCCAAAUUCGUCAUCAGCAGCAGUUGCCGCCGCCCUUGCCGCAGCCGCCGCCUCCGCAUCCAGUGUCUCGUCGCCGGGCGUUCAUCCGGGCAGCAGUGCCAGCAACAGCCAUAGCAGCGGCCAUUUGCAAUCGUCCUCGUUGUCACCUAGCUCCAGUGCGUUGCAGCUCGGCAGCCAGCUUAAUCAACAACAUUUGAGCCAGUCGUCUAACUCGCCCGUCUCUUCUUCUUCGCCCUCAUCAACCGCGCAGCAGCAACAGUCGCAGUACUCGUCUCUUUCGGCCGCUCUUCACCUGCAACAGCAGCAGCACAUCAACAAAUUAGCCGCCGCUGCAGCUGCGGUAAGCUCGCAAGGAUCCGUCUCCGGUCUUGGUGGCCAUCAGUCGCUGAGCCACGCCCAUCAGCAGCUGCUGCUGACGCCACCUUCGGCGGGCAACUCACAGACCGGCGACAGCAGCUCUUCGCCCUCUCCUGCGGCCAGCUCUUCGUUUGCCAUACCCACCAGCAAGAUGUACCCUUACGUGUCAAAUCAUCCCACUAGCCAUGGUGGCCUUUCCGGCAUGCCAGGCUUUUCGGGCCUGGAAGACAAAUCCUGCAGCAGGUACACGGACACAGUGAUGAACAGUUACCAGUCGAUGAGCGUACCUGCCUCGGCAUCCGCCAGCUUUGCCCAGUUCUAUCAGCACGCGGCUGCCUCUGCGGUGUCCGCAGCCAGCGCAGGAGCCAUUGGCGUGGACUCGCUGGGCAACGCUUGUACACAGCCCGCAUCCGGCGUGGUACCGGGAGCUGGCGGCGCAGGACAGAGUAUUGCGGAUCUACCCCGCUAUCCGUGGAUGACGCUCACAGAUUGGAUGGGAAGUCCCUUUGAGCGUGUCGUUUGUGGCGAUUUUAAUGGGCCCAACGGAUGCCCGCGACGUCGCGGCCGCCAGACUUAUACUCGCUUCCAGACGCUGGAGCUCGAAAAAGAGUUCCACUUCAACCACUACUUGACGCGGCGACGACGCAUAGAGAUUGCACACGCGCUCUGCCUAACCGAGCGACAGAUCAAGAUCUGGUUUCAGAAUCGACGCAUGAAAUUAAAGAAGGAGCUGCGCGCGGUCAAAGAGAUCAACGAACAGGCACGCCGCGACCGAGAGGAACAAGAGAAAAUGAAGGCUCAGGAGACUAUGAAAUCCGCCCAGCAGAACAAGCAAGUGCAGCAGCAACAGCAGCAGCAGCAGCAGCAACAACAGCAGCAGCAGCAGCAGCAACAACAGCACCAGCAACAGCAACAACAGCAGCAGGAUCAUCAUUCGAUUAUUACACACAAUCCGGGCCACUUGCACCACUCCGUUGUCGGUCAAAACGAUCUCAAGCUUGGAUUGGGCAUGGGUGUCGGAGUGGGCGUUGGAGUCGGAGCUGGUAUUGGACCAGGUCUUGGCGCUGGCCUUGGUGGCAAUCUUGGAAUGAUGAGCGCCCUUGAUAAGAACAAUCACGAUCUUCUCAAGGCGGUUAGUAAAGUCAACUCCUAAAUGUUGCGUGGAUAUUCUCUCAACUAUCAUCAUUACCGCUACUAUCACUAGCGUCUACUAUCCACCUACCAUCUACGGUAAUCGUCAUCGUCAUCGUCAUCGUCAAUGUCAUCGUCGUCGUCGUCGUCGUCGUCGUCGUCGUCGCUUGAUGCCUUGAGUUUGGCGUUUUUUCGUCUCUUCUGUGUAAUACGAAAAACAAAACAAAGUUGAUAACUCAAAUACGUAAAGUUUUACAUAGUAAAUAGUCGUUUAAGUCUACAUAUAACGGAUAAAUAUACAUGAACUUAUAACCAAGUAAAUAUGUGCAUGCAUACAGUGCACAAGCAAGAUCAAUGACUGUGCACAGUGGGUCACAGAUAAUUUGUUUAUGAGUUGGCAAAUGGACAUGUAACUGCAAAGGCUUUAAUUAUUUUUAUAUAUUUAAACAUUUCUAACCCCAAAUUUGACUUUAUUAUACAUUUUGAUUUUCGUAUCGCUACUUCCUUAGACACUAUUGCCUAUUUGAUAGACAGAAUUGCCUAGGAGUAUGAAACCAACUUGUUUUAACUAGUUUAUUAUUCGAAUGCCCCUAAUUCAAGGGAUGUCUGUCCACCAGUUACAAUUACCCCCUGUGCACAGCAUAGUAAUGUUAAUGAAUCCAUCGAUCUAUAUAAAAUAGCGGUAAAUGAUAGAGUAUUGCCAACGAGAGCAAAACGCUGAAUCGUAGAGGUUCCCAGACUGGCAACAAUGAUUGGAGAAAACCAUGUUAAAUGAGCGAUAUUUUAUAGUCAAAUAGUCAGAUAGUCAAAAACUUCUGCUUGAUGGACAUUGGCCCAUUGUCAAUGACCAAUUAGCGAGUUAAUAUGUAAAAUUAUUUACGACUGCUGUAGGAUUACAUAGUAUGGUAAAGAAACUCGUUUAACUAUGUUUAUGAAUACAUGUAUGAAUUUAAAAAUAUAUAAUACCCCUACUUACUUAUAGAGAUAAAGAUUGUACGCACGUUCUGUACUCACAUACUAUUUAUUGGAAAUUUUUGUUUAUGUUCUUAACUGAAAAACUCUUCCAAUUUUCUUUAUAUUGUGUUGCAUGUUUUGCUGUAAUUUGUUGUAUGCUUUUAAUGCUUUUAUAUUUUGCUUAGACGAAUUCUAAAUACAUUAGUUCCGUCAAUGCCAUAUUAAUAUUAAUUAUAAUACCAGCUUAAUGUAAAUCAUGAUAAACAUAAAUGCAAAAUGAAACGAACAACAUUGAACUACAAAAUACAAAAAAAUAAAACUUAAACUAAAGGCGCAAACAUUUCCCCAUAUAAUAGAUUAGGUGUAUUCUAAUGUGUAACGAACGGUAUGCAACAUACCCAAAAGCAUAAUCAUGAUUUCAAAUACGUAAUAAUAAUAAUAAUAAAAACAAACAAAAACAAGAGAAAUGUCGUUUUGCCAGUGAAUAAAAUUAAAGUAAAAUAUUAAAAUAGAAAAAUAAAAUGUAAGUUUGUAAUCGGCGUUGAAUGCUACGCACUAAAUAUUACAAAUAGUAAACUCUGAAAUACGUAUUAGCUUAAGGUUGCAACAACAACUACAACAAAAUAUACAACAAAUUAAAAUAAUAAAAAAGAAAAGAAAAAACCCAACCAAUAAAUUUUGAGCAGGCCAAGUAAAAAGAAAAAAACGCGCUAAAAAUCCAUAUAUGUAGAGUUUUAACUUCCCAAAAUUAAAUUUACUUAGCGUAAACAGUGAGAGGAGAAUUGCAAGUUGAUUUAAUAUAAUGAAGAUACAAAGUAAAGGUAAAAAGUAUAUUUAUUUAUCGUACAUAAAGUGAAGCAAAUCUUACACAUGCAUAUUUGCAAACACAAACAAAAACGUAAAUUAACGACAAAUAUAUAUUACAAAUAUGAACUUCUAUAUACUAUAUAUAUAUGUACAUAUAUAUAUAUAUGAAUAUAUCCAUAUACGUGUAUGUAGUACGGUUAACAUUCAUUGCAGUCACUUUUGAAACGUCUAUCAUCAGUCCAAUUCAUUUUGAAACUAUGCUUUUGCUUUGUUUUCCCCCAUAUUGGUUCAAGUGAUAUUAUUAUACUAUCUCAUAGAUACGAUAAUUUCUUAUAGGAAUUUGUUAUGCAUCCACGUGAACUGCAAGACCCUUUGCCUUUUGUUUUGUUUUGAAAUCUGAAUGGGUUUGAUUAAUCUUGUUUGCCACACAAUAUUUAUGAUAUUUUGAUAGUUUGAAAUUGAAAUAUGUUUAGUUUAAUGGCCUAGCAAAUCGGCGCAUUUUGUUUAACACACGCUUUUUACAUACAUUUUUGUUUGAGUUUAAUGCUAAGAUAUUUCUGUUAGUUCUAGUUUAAGUUUAGUUGUGACAAGUUGUGUAUUAUAUGAUGAUACGAAAAUAAUUAAAAUAUUUUAGAAAACUUGUUUCACUCUCUUCGCACGUCUCUGACACAACAACAACAACAACACAAAUCAACAAUAACAAAAGCCCAUCCAAGACAUUGACCGACCUGUCAGAGUCAUAAAA